AUGCCGCAGUCAUGUCGUAGCAUCAACGUGUUGUCCGAGCCGCCGCUUGCAGCCGCCGUGGUCCACGGGAUUUGGUCGCUCGUGGGCCACAUGUCCCGCGCAUGUGCCGCUGCGUGGUGCAACUCUCCAGCACAUCAUGGGAUCCAUACAAGCAGCACCCACGUCGUCGAUGUCGUGCACGACUCGCUGCAGCAUGUCCAAGCCAGGAUCCAAAGUCAAGCAAGACACACGAAGUUAGCGGAAGUCCAAGAGACCAGCUUCCGCGCUGGCACCAAGCGCAAUGACAUCAUCUCGAUGUCGAGCAACAUAUUUCUUCUGUUUUGGUGCGUUGCUAGUAGCAUGUAG